CCGUAUAGGAAGGAGAUCCGCCGAUUUUGAGAAAGUGUAGUGUGAGUUUUGGUUUUCCGACUAAGAGAGCGAAGAAUGUCCGGACCGGAAUGCUGUUCAAACGCACCAACACUGAACCCAAGCAGUGGAUCAGGUCACGUCGAGAAGCUUGGAGGCCUAAACACCUAUCUCACUGGUCCUGCUGACUCCAACCGCGCUGUUAUUCUUAUCUCCGAUCUUUUUGGAUAUGAAGCUCCAAAGUUAAGGAAGCUUGCGGACAAGAUUGCAGCAGCUGGAUUCUAUGUGGUGGUUCCAGACUUCUUUUAUGGGGAUCCCUACGUGGCUGACAUCCCUGAGAGGCCCAUACAAGUUUGGGUAAAAGACCAUGGACCGGACAAAGGGGUAGAAGAUACAAAGCUAGUAGUUGAAGCUUUAAAGAGUAAGGGUGUGUCUGCCAUUGGGGCAGCAGGCUUUUGUUGGGGAGCCAAGGUAGUCGUUGAAUUGGCGAAGCCUCAGUUUAUCCAAGCUGCAUUGAUGUUACAUCCUUCAAUGGUUACUGUAGAUGAUAUCAAGGGUGUUGAGGUUCCCAUUGCUAUACUUGGAGCUGAGCAUGACAAGUUCUCUCCACCGGCUCUCUUGAAACAAUUUGAAGAGGUUUUAGCUGCCAAAAAUGAGGUUGAGAGCUUUGUCAAGGUAUUUCCCAACGUUUCACAUGGCUGGACCGUGAGAUACGAUGUCAAUGAUCCAGUAGUUGUGAGUGCUGCAGAGGAGGCACAUCAAAAUAUGCUGGACUGGGUCAGCACAUAUGUUAAAUGAGGAACUAAUGAGGCGAUACCGCUCUUACAUGGAUUCCCUAUGAGGUCUGGAACAGUCAGAAGAAUUAAUUCGUGUAUGAUGUGAGUUAAAUGCUUAGGAAACACCUAUCAUUCUAUUGUAUUCAGUGUGUGCUUGAUUCGACAUAUAGAUAGAGCUGGGCUGUUCCCAGUAUCCUUCUGUGUGCAAUAAUAAUACUUGUGACAAUAAGUCUGGUAGUAAUAUGUGCUCCUCCAUGGUUGGUUUGGUUGUUUUGUCUGCAUUUCUACAGGUUAUCAUAUUUGACCCGACUAAUAUGUCGGACGGGUUUGCGCGUGCCUAGUGCAACUCGAGUGUGAACUUAGUGGGUUGUCUAAAAGAUACGUUUGCUGAGUUGUUCUCGAUUAACAAAGAAAGAGUUCCCAACAAA